AUGGAGGAGCGCAGACUGCAGCUGUGGGACCAUCGCAGCCAGAGCAGAGACCAGCAGCAGGCAGCAGUCACCAGGAACCAUCGACUUCUACAGGUCUCUUCUAUCAUCACCACGAAAGCGCAGAUACUGGGCGUCUCUGGAGGCUCUUGUCCCGGCCUGGGAGCAGCGUCUGUGGGGAGCAUCUCUCCAGCGCCACUCUCCUCAGCCAACAGUGGAACUAAAGGACAGAAACACGAGAUCCAACAACACGGGUCUUCCCCCUCGACUGAGCCACAGCUGCAGCCACAGCCACAGCUGCAGCCACAGCCGCAGCCGCCAGCCUCCAUAAGAAACUCUGACAGAGAGUGGCGGCUUGACAAAUGCGAUCACCCACACACCGGGGAUGGAGAGGGCCCUGGUUGGCAGCUGCCCGGGCCUCUCAGCUGGGACAAGUCCUGCUGGCCUCAGGGGGAGACCUCACUAGCCCCUGGCCAGCGGAGAGCUCAGUCUGGACUGAUGUGGACUGGUGCGUGGAGGGGGGGGUGUAAGGAGACUGGGACGGGGCAAGAGCACAGAGGCCUCCCGCCAAGUGCCAUGUGUGGAGCGGGGUGCGAAGCUGCCUGGGCCUGGUGUGAGAUGGGGGCAGGAGGUCGCGUCUAUGACCUGAUGGAGGACCUGAUGGAGGACCUGAUGGAGGACCUGAUGGAGGACCUGAUGAAGGACCUGAUGGAGGACCUGAUGGAGGACCUGAUAGAGGACAUGAUGGAGGACCUGAUGGAGGACCUGAUGUAG